CACUUUCCAGCAUUCUUUAAAAGUAAACACAGUUUAUGGUUAGCUCGACAAUCAGUUUCUCAGCUUUACGUCUACAAGGACAAGACAGUCACAUCGGGCUUGGUCUCCCGAGCCGAAGCAUGUGGUUGCAAGGCUUUGGUCCUCACAGUAGAUGCACCAGUACUUGGAAGACGUCUGCGUGAUAUUCGAAAUGGGUUCACUCUCCCCGAUGGAUUGAGGACAACGAAAUUGCCGGUCAUUAUCAAAGGUGUGAUGCGGGGCGAUGACGCUGAAGAGGCUGUUCAUCAUGGUGUUCACGGAAUCAUUGUGUCGAACCAUGGAGGAAGGCAGUUGGACAGCGCCCCGGCCACUGUAUGUCCAUCUAAAUUGAGGUCCUCGAAGAAGUGGUGCAAGCGGUACAAGGACGGGUUCCUGUGA